AUGGCGGACGGCGAGCCCGACCGCCUGUCGCAGCUUCCCGACGAAGUCCUCCAGCACAUCCUCCAGCUCGCGCCCUGCAGGGAGGCGGAGUCCACAGCCGUGCUCUCGCGGCGGUGGCGCGGGCUGUGGCCGCCGGCAACGAGCGCCGUCAAGUUCGACAUCCCCUCCACCGACAGCGACAAAUUCCACCGCAGGCGGCGUGACGCCUCCUUACGCGGCGCCAAGGAGGCGCUCGCCGCCGCGCAGGGGCCCGUAAAGAGGCUCUCCGUCCACGUCGGCGAGAGGCUCCGUACAUCCGCGGGCGAGGGAUGCAGGUUCGUCGACAUCGUCGUCGGCGACGUGCUUUCCUACCGGGCGUCCCGCGGCGUGCAGGAUGUCCGCGUCAUCGGGGCCGAUGUUUCCAGCAGCGAGGCCCGCGGCGCCGGCGACUCAUGGUGCUCGCUGGCCGACCACCGCGUCGGGGAGUUUGAGUUCAGCACUGGCUCCGUGGCAUCCGCCGCCCUCCGUCUCCGGGUGCUGCACAUCACCAACUGCAGUGACCUGACGCCGCCACCGCGGGCGUCCACGUUCCCAUGUCUCGAGGUGCUGCGGCUUCGAAAGUGCAGUGUCCAUCUUCAGAGCCUCCAGGACAUGGUCGUCGCCUCGCCGCAGCUCGCCGUCUUGCAGCUUGAAUACGUCUUCCUCUCAAGUCUCAACAGGGGUUCGCAGCAGUCCCAUGACCGCAGCUCAAUGGCAGGCGAAUGA